CCUUUCCUUUUAGCUCCCGCCGAUUAAUUAGCGAGGCUAAUCGAGCUCCCGCGGCGCGAUUAAGAGCGGAUUAAUCGAGAGAGAGAUUAGCUAACCAGGUCGCUCGCCGGAGAGAGAUCGAUCGAUCUGAUGGAGUGCGGUGGUGCGCUGCAGCUGCCGCCGGGGUUCCGGUUCCACCCGACCGACGACGAGCUGGUGAUGUACUACCUCUGCCGCAAGUGCGGCGGCCUCCCCCUCGCCGCGCCGGUGAUCGCCGAGGUGGACCUCUACAAGUUCAACCCGUGGGAUCUCCCCGAGAAGGCGAUGGGAGGGGAGAAGGAGUGGUACUUCUUCUCGCCGAGGGACCGGAAGUACCCGAACGGGCAGCGGCCGAACAGGGCGGCGGGGACGGGGUACUGGAAGGCGACGGGGGCGGACAAGCCGGUGGGGUCGCCGCGCCCCGUCGCCAUCAAGAAGGCGCUCGUCUUCUACGCCGGGAAGCCGCCCAGGGGCGUCAAGACCAACUGGAUCAUGCACGAGUACCGCCUCGCCGACGUCGACCGCUCCGCCGCCGCCCGCAAGACCAAGUCCAACAACGCCCUCAGGUUGGAUGAUUGGGUGCUGUGCCGAAUCUACAACAAGAAGGGCGUGAUCGAGCGGUACGACACGGUGGACGCCGGCGAGGACGUGAAGCCGGCCACGGCGGUGCCGGGCGCCGCGAAGGGCGCGCGGCCGCUCGGCGGCGGGGCGGCCGCCAUGAAGGUGGAGCUGUCCGACUACGGCUUCUACGACCAGGAGCCGGAGUCGGAGAUGCUGUGCUUCGACCGCUCGGGGUCGGCGGACCGCGACUCCAUGCCUCGCCUGCACACGGACUCCAGCGGCUCGGAGCACGUGCUGUCGCCGUCGCCGUCGCCGGACUUCCCCGGCGACGGCGACCACGACCGCGACUACGCCGAGAGCCAGCCGAGCGGCGGCGGCUGGCCGGGCGUCGACUGGGCCGCCGGCUGCGACGACGGCUUCGUCAUCGACAGCUCGCUCUUCGAGCUCCCCUCGCCGGCGCCCUUCUCCCGCGACGGCGCCGCCUUCGGCGACAUGUUCACGUACCUGCAGAAGCCGUUCUGAAUCAAACAGAACGCUACGAGGCCUGCACGUACGAAGCGAACGAACGAUCGACGCACUACUCCUAGCUCACUAACACUGUCAGCUCAGCUCAGCUCGUGUAAUUCUUUACCAGUCUAGGUAUACAGGCAGCCAAAACCAAACCAAAUUCAACCGUGCUCGUCACCUGCACCGGCAAAAACAACCCAAAUACAACAGGGAUAAAUUCAUGGUGUGUCGAGCUUUCUGCACCUUCGCUCGUCGCGUCGUGACGACGAGCGAGGGUGAAAGUGAUUCAGAAAGAUCCCUAAUUUUGGUUUUUGCCGGAUGGAAAUGGUGAGAAUGGUAGAGGUGACUGGUAAAUUUUCGUCGAUAGGUAGCCAGAAUUUUUUUUCUUUUUUGGUUCUUGUUUAGUUGACAAGCCUAGCUCCCUGAUAGAGAUUCAGAACAAGCAAACAGAGAAGAUAAAUUCAGAGACCGAAUCAAGUUUUGGAUUUUCAGGGGCGCCCAGCUGAUGAUGGUAUAUUUGUCAGUCGUGUCUAGGGUUCGUAGAGAUGGUAGAUGAUGAACUGGUACAUACAUCAGUUCAGGUUCGUGGCAAACAGGUCUCUGACGCUUUAGUUAGGUCUUGUUUUUAAUAUCUUUUUUGGUUAAUGUAAUGUAAGGUGAUUGCGACAUGAUAUUAUGUGGUAGAGUCGCUUUCUAGUUGGGUCUCUCGCGUGACCUGGAAAGCCAAAUUUUGUAAUGCAAUUAUCGUAAUAAACAGUUCUGUAGCUUGUAAUUA